GCGCGCAAGCUGGCGGGGGUCACUCGGUCCUUUGGAACUUUUUCCUCCCCCCCUCACCACCACUUCUCUUUUAUGUCAACUUCCCCGUCUUCAUUGUGGACUCAUACAAUUUAAAACAUAUAGAUACAUAUGUUUUGGAGUGAGCGCGCGUGAGGUGGCGGCAUUAUGGAGCACCGAGGCUCCCGGAGGAGCUCCGGGCGCGCGGCCGACACGCAGUGACCGAUGGACGGACGCUGCUCCCCGGUGGUCCCGGCAAUGACGGACCCCCCGGAGCCAAACCCGCAUGAUGGGGGACCCUCGCCCGAGGACGGCGAACGGGACCGGGUGCACGUGUCGGUGGAGGGCCAACAGAGGAGUGAGGAAGAGGACGAAGCCAAAGAGGAAGACGAAGAGCUGCCGUACCCUUCGCUAGCCCCUGUGGUUCUGUUGGCGCUGACCCAAACCAGCCCACCCAGGUCCUGGUGCCUACGUGCUGUAUGCCACCCAUAUCCUUACAAUGCGCGUGAGUUCAUUUCAAUUCAGCCAAUGAGAACUUGAGUAGCCUUUCUCCAUUUUGGUGGUUUUUGUAGAAGAGUGCAGAAAUUUUAUGGCCGCAAUAAAUCUUUGGGUUACAUAUCUUGGAAAUUUAUAUGGCAAUGAUUAUGCUGUCU